AUGUUCUCAUCCAAAGUGGUUCCUGCUCUCUUUGCUGUUACGACGGUUGCUGUUCUUCCUGCUAUGGCUACAUAUAUGGUCCCACCACACAAUGUCCAUCAGUGCAUGGGCUCUGAGUUAACGGUUCUUGGGAAGCCUCCGUUCGAUAUUAGUAUUUGGCAUGGGUGUGGUGAGGACUCCAGUACUGAGACGCCCCUUGCGUCGUACAAGUGUAACCAAUCACAUUUCGUUUGGAACGUGAAUCAGAAGGCGGGAUCUUCUUUGAUGUUCACUGUAGUGGAUGCGGAUGACAAUGAAUUCUUUUCUGAUGACCUUGUUGUUGGGCACAGCAAGGAUAGCAGUUGCCUUGGCAAGGAUCCGGAAUUCGCGACUGGCUCAGAUCCCAGCGUUCUUGACAGCACCACUUCUUCCGCUCCAACAUCGACUACUGAAGCUCCUGGAAACGUUGGUAAUGCGACACCUACCACCACUUCCACCACUUCGAAAUCAGCCAUCCGUGGAGGUAACCUUGGUGCCGCAGUUGGAACGUUCAGCGUUCCUCGUUUGGAUGUUACGGCUCUUUUCGUCGUCGCUGGAUCGAUGUUUAUGUUCUUCUGA